CUGUGCGCAUCGAUCGAAGCUUUGAAGAGGCUUGCACGCCAUCUGUUUGUCGACGUCGUAGGGAAAUUAUCGUCGCAACUGCUGCGUUGCUAUUAAACUUUGGAGGUUAACGGUCGUAAAUCAUGGCAUCGUCGGGUAAAAGCACGAGAGAAGUUCUGUUAUCCCUCGUCGAUGACGUUGAAUUAGUAGCCAAAGAAAUGAUAGAAAAUACGAUAGCUCAAAAGCCUUUGAAAUUGUCCAACGAAGAACACGCUCAACUAACAGAAUUAUUGAUCGUCAAGGACAACGAAUUGAAAGUAACUUUGAAGCGUGCAGCUGAGCAAGCGAAAAUCAAUUUAAAGAUGGAAGCCUUGAGAGCUGAAGUUGAGAGGCAAGAUCAGGAUAUUCAACAAUUACAGAGACAAUUGAAGGAAGCGGAACAAAUUUUAGCUACGGCAAUUUAUCAAGCGAAACAAAAGUUGCAAUCUAUCGCUCGUGCCAAUAAAAGACCUGUUCCCUCGGAGGAACUGAUCAAAUAUGCGCAUAGAAUAAGCGCGUCGAAUGCUAUCUGUGCUCCCCUUACGUGGCAACAAGGAGACCCUAGAAGGCCUUACCCUACCGAUAUUGAAAUGAGAUUAGGAUAUCUCGGACGAUUGAGCGAUCUUCCUCUCAACGGACAAAUGCCAGGCACUCAUCCUGGAAUAUCGUCCGACUUACACAGGACUGGACAUCCGGUUGGUGGUACGUUCGUGGAAAUUUCCCUUGAACCACCUGUAUCGUCUCAGGCUAAUCAAUUCGCCUGGCAUCCGUCCGGUGAAAUUCACAUGUCGGUGAGUGGACAAGGAAGCGUCGCCAUGAAUACCCAUAAGCAGGAAACAGAAGACGUCGAAGUUAUGUCCACGGAUUCUUCGAGUAGUUCUUCCAGUGAUUCGCAGUGAACGUUGUUGUCGU